UAAAAUCUAUACUUUACAUUUACAGACUCCCAUACUAUAUUACCUACUCACUUCAUUCCAUAACUGCUCAAUUUGGUUAAAAACUUCUAUAGUUCAACUCUUAAGUCCCUCUUAUCCUUGUCUUAGAACUCCAUUCCACCCCUUAAAGAAACAACAAAGAGAAGUUCCAAACCUCCAAUGCCAUGUUUACACUUCAAGAAAUGUAUUAUACAUUCAAACACACCAUAUUUUUUUAAACUUAUUUUGCUUUCCAAAAGAACCAGAUAAAGCAACAUGAAAUGUGUAUUUGAUCUUUCAAGUUGUUCUUUUCUGGCAACCUAGCACCCAAGGCACCAACCUAUCCCCUGUAGGCUACAUAUCCUUUUCUUGAUUUCAAGGGAACUAGCAUCUUGAUUUUCCUCUAUGGACUCAUUCAAGCAAACAUCAACAGGUUUUCUAUACAACCCUGAUUUAAGUACAGAUUUAGAAUCUGGCCUCUUAGGAAUUCUUGAAAUUCAUGUCCACCAUGCUAGGAACAUUCACAACAUCUGCAUCUAUGACAAGCAAGAUGUAUAUGCCAAAUUUUCCCUUACUUACAACCCUGAUGAAGCCAUAUCAACAAGGGUCAUAAAUGGUGGUGGAAAAAAUCCUGAUUUUAGUGAAGAUUUAGCAAUGAAAGUUUCCCAAGUUGAUUCCAUCCUCAAAUGUGAAAUCUGGAUGCUCAGCAGAGCCAAAGCCUUAAUGGAAGAUCAACUCUUGGGAUUUGCUUUAGUUCCUGUUUCCUCAGUUGUUGGUAAAGGGAAACUCACUCAAGAUGUUAGCCUUUCUUCCACUGACUUGUUUCAUUCCCCUGCUGGUAUAGUCAAAUUGUCCCUUUUCUUGAAUACCAACAACCCCAUUUCAGUAUCCACCAAUCCUUCUUGCUCACUAUCACCUUCUUCUUCUAUAAGUUCAGAAGUUGUGUUACUAGAUAGAAAUACAUCUCAUAAUGUUCUUGAUCCAAUUGAGUAUUCAAGAAUAGAGCUCCCUGAGAUCAGUCUAGUUAAAGAGAAUCAAGCAAUGGUGUCCCAAUAUUUUGACUUAGGAGGUUCAUUUCUCCAACUUGCUGCAUUCCAGAGUCAUCAUGAUGAUCAACAACAGCAGCCAGAGAAUGACUAUGAAAUGGAAGCAGUCAAUCCAUCAGAAGAGGAAGAAGAUGAUGAUGAUGAAGAACUUGCUGAUGAUCAUGACUCAGAUAUUUCUCCGAAAGACAGUAUUCAAAAUUCUUGGUUCCUUAGCUCCUCAAUGACAAGUUCUUUAAGUGAUAACAGGAACCCGGCGGGUUUCUUACCAAAUAAAAAGAUCGAUGACCUGAAGAACAACGAUAGCAAAAAGGACUCAAUCAAGAAAGAAGAUGAAGAAAGGAAAGAACCCCAUGUGGUUUUUUCAGCUCCAUUAGGGAAUAUAAUCAAGAUUGACGCAGAACAAUCAGCUAUACAGCAGCAGAUAGUGGAUAUGUACAUGCAAAGUAUGCAGCAGUUUACUGAGUCAUUAGCAAAGAUGAAGCUUCCAUUAAACUUGGAUAAAGCUGAUCAAAGAGAUCAUGUUCUUCAGGAUCAUGGAAGGUCAUCAUCAUCAGAUGUGAACAAUAAGAAGAAAGAAAAUUCAAGAGUGUUUUAUGGUAGCAGAGCCUUCUUUUGAACUAUGUCUGAUCAUGGUAUUCAAUAUCUGGUUUUAGCACUGUUUUGAUCACUUACUCAUCUUUUCAUGCUUUGCCAAGAGUGACAUAACAAAAGUAACUUCAUACUUUAGUAGUUUUUCCUAUAUGAAAAUUGUUCUCAUUAGCCAUAAUUCAUAUGUUGUUUUUAGAUUUAAGUGUGCUAUGGUUUUGAAGAGCUUUUUCUUGCAAUUAAGCUAUGUUUGUACAAUUGAAUUUAUUCAUGAAGAUGACAUCACCAUUGAUAAUCGUUGGAGGACCUCGAGGGCCAUUUGUUCAUUUUCAAUUCAAUAGACUAUUGAUGGUCAACAUAGUGAUUAGCCAAUUAAAGGUGCUUUUCGCAUCCACAUUGAGGUAGGCUGCAUUGACAAUUGGCAUGCCUUCCACAUACGAAGUGUAAAAUACUAGAGAAGAAAUAUUAUUUGUGCAGAGACUAAAACCGACCAAAAUAUAAAGUAGUUAUGGAGACUUUAAAUUUGAAAUACCGUCUUUCGUAUGAAAAAUUAUUUUAUAGGAGAAAUUUAGAAAAAUAUGCUGGUAAGUGGGAAAAUAUGCACAACAUAAAACAAAACGCAAUUCAAAGCAAGUUACAUAUGUAAGAAGACACUGGCUUUAGAUUAG